AGGAGCGCCUGACGUCUCUUCUACACUCAGAAACAAAGCUGGUGUCUCUCUUUCUCCACCGCUAAUGCAACUUCAAUAAGAGGGAGAGACUAAAACACAGAGACAGAUAAAGGGGAAAACAGCAAGCAAAAGCAGAAAGAGAACAAGAGGAAGAGUGAGGCUGCACAACCAUAAUCUCCACAGCUGAGAAACACUUAGAGGGAGGGAGGCAACACAGGCGAUUCUGUCUAUCUUGCAACUUCAGGGACCAUCAUCACAAUUUAAUAAGAAUUUGAAAGGCUGCGGUGCUGCAACAAAUCAGUCUUCACAGGGAAAGAGGGUGGGUGAGAGAGCUCGAGUCAGACAGAGAGAGAGAGAGCGAGAGAAAGGGAGGAGGCCAGACACAAAUGUUUUAACGCUUCCCUACCUGGAUUCAUAUCUUUCUGCCUUUUCUUGUAAAUCCCCGCAGCAAUAAACCUGCAACGGCAAUAUCAAAGAACCACUUUAUUAUUAUUUUACACAUAAUCUAUUGUGCUAAGACUGCUGAGAUUUCAAGAAAUUAUGUUUUCCUAUCAAGAGAGUUCAUAUUUUCAAGAAGUGCAUCCUGUUUAGAGCAACAGGACUGAGAGGAACUUGUAGAGAAACAGAGAAAUAUUUUAAAAGAGCAGCGUUUACCCUGAGAAGUGUCUCGCAGGCCAGACGGAACAGAAAGGACGGCGUCACUAGAAGACCAUCCAAACUGCAACAAAAUAAAAACACGGGCCUCUGCUUUCCUGCCCCUUUACAGCUUUUUUUCAUGGCUUGACACCCAACUGCAAUCUGGCCCCUCCCUUCCCCUUUCCUCCCCCCCCAACAUGUCCAACCACCUCGCAUCUCACUGCCCAGACCGCCAAAGGAAAUCAGGGCAGCUGAAGAAGUGAGCAAGGCUUUAACCGAGCCAAUAAACAUUUCAUUAGCUCCAUCCGCUCUUCCCUCCUGCGACGAGGACAAGAACUCUCAGACUCUACAGGUGGGCGCUCUGAUACAACAUGGCAGCCGGCGUGGCGACAUGGCUGCCAUUUGCACGGGCGGCGGCGGUGGGUUGGCUGCCGCUGGCCAAAAAGACGAUGCCCAAACCUCCAGUGGACAACUCGUCCAGAUCGGAUGAGAUCCUGUACCUCAACGUCAGCGGGGUCAGGUUCCAGACAUGGAAGAACACUCUGGACCGUUAUCCUGACACGCUGCUGGGCUCCUCUGAGAAAGAGUUUUUCUUCAACGAGGACACAGAGGAAUAUUUCUUUGACAGAGAUCACGAGAUGUUCCGGCACAUUCUGAACUUUUACCGCACAGGGAAGCUCCAUUACCCACGACACGAGUGCAUCCAGGCCUUUGACGAAGAGCUGGCCUUCUACGGCAUCGUGCCGGAGAUCAUUGGAGACUGCUGCAUGGAGGAAUACAGAGACAGGAAAAAAGAGAACCAGGAGCGUCUGGCAGAGGACACGGAGGCCAACGAGUCGAUAGACGCCCCACUUCCUCCUGACAGCACCCCCAGGGAGCGUUUGUGGCGAGCCUUCGAGAACCCCCACACCUCCACCAUGGCGCUUGUCUUCUACUAUGUCACCGGCUUCUUCAUCGCUGUGUCAGUGAUCGCCAACGUGGUGGAGACGGUGCCCUGCCGGCCUCCAGAGGGCAGAGUUAAGGACCUUCCCUGUGGGGAGAAAUAUCAGCUGGCCUUCUUCUGCAUGGACACGGCCUGCGUGCUCAUCUUCACCUUCGAGUACUUGAUGCGCCUGUUCGCCGCGCCCAGUCGCUGCAAGUUCAUGCGCUCUGUGAUGUCUGUGAUUGACGUAGUGGCUAUAAUGCCGUACUACAUCGGCCUGGUGAUGCCCGAGAACGAGGACGUGAGCGGCGCCUUCGUCACCCUCCGGGUUUUCCGCGUCUUCCGGAUCUUCAAGUUCUCACGUCACUCUCAGGGUUUGAGGAUUUUGGGCUACACGCUCAAGAGCUGCGCCUCCGAGCUCGGCUUCCUGCUCUUCUCCCUCACCAUGGCCAUCAUCAUCUUCGCCACCGUCAUGUUCUACGCCGAGAAAGGCACCAAAAGCUCCGACUUCACCUCCAUCCCGGCCUCCUUCUGGUACACCAUCGUCACCAUGACGACCCUGGGAUAUGGAGACAUGGUCCCAAACACCAUCGCGGGGAAGAUCUUUGGAUCGAUCUGCUCUCUGAGCGGCGUCCUGGUGAUCGCCCUUCCUGUACCCGUCAUCGUGUCCAACUUCAGCCGGAUCUACCACCAGAACCAGCGAGCGGACAAGAGGAGAGCACAGCAGAAAGUGCGCUUGGCUCGGAUCCGCAUGGCGAAGAAAGGAACAACCAACGCCUUCCUCCAGUACAAAGAAGACCGAGGGCUCGGGGGUCGUGACAGCGACAGCACAGCUCUGUGUGUGAAGAACAGAUCGGCUUUCGAGCACCAACACCACCACCUGCUGCACUGUCUGGAGAAGACAACGAACCACGAGUUCACAGAUGAGAUGACCUACAGCGAGCUGUGUAUGACUGAGUCAGUGGGCUUCAGGACCAGUCGCAGCACUUCUCUAUCCAGCCAGCAGGGGGCGCAGAACAACCCCACCGGCUGCUGCCCCCGCAGGGCCAGGAGGCGAGCCGCCAUGCGUCUGGCUAACUCCACUGCAUCAGUCAGCCGGGGGAGCGUCCAGGAACUGGACACCCUGCAUAUCAAAACAACCUCCAUACCGCCACAAACUCGUUCCAGUCUGAACGCCCAGGCUGGCAACCUAAAGCUGAACUGCGGGGAACAAGAUUUCACUGCUGCAAUCAUCAGCAUUCCCACGCCGCCCGCCAACACGCCGGACGAAAGCCUCCCCCCGUCGCCUGCCCCCAUCCCCGGCAUCCUGCGCAACACCCGAGCAACAGCUUUUACCCACGAAACCGUCAAAAUCUCCUCCUUAUAACCUCCAGCUCCACACACGACAUCCCUCCUGACAACCCUCCGCCCCACCAGCCACUUUCCCAGUGAACUUCCUUUGAACCUCUGAUCCUGGAUCUGGGGCGCUGCUAGCUGAAAUAUCGGGAAGAAAAUACUCUGAUUCCUGACUGAUUGCUUUAACUUCCACAUACAUUUCGCUGGUUACAUGGAUUAACAAGGUAAAACAGCAGAUGAGACGGGAAGCAAAACGUACGACCACAUCCAACGACAACUGAAAAAUAAGAACCUCAAAAAACAAAAAAGCUCAAAUCAAAAGCUACAACUUCAUGAACGAAGCAAAAGACCUUAAACCGUUAGGAUCCACCCUCAUGCAUUUUGUCUCCUUGCACACAUUUGACCCGCCUUGCACAGUUUUAGAUCUCAUUGCACAAACCCAUGAAGGGUUCAACCUGAAACAUCAGUGGAAAAGAAGCCAAGACUCCAAAAGUCAUCCCGAACUGGCUGAUGGUUUGGUUUGGCUGGCUUCGUUUUGCCCUCCUUUAGAGGAGGCGUGCUCGAUGACUGCUGACGACAGAAGUUUUAUUUUUCAGUGUAAACUCGACAUGAAUGGACUGAGUGGUUUUAUAAAACAAACCUGUUGCUUUGGGAGGGACCAACAACCACCAGAGGAUCAUUUAGACUAGGCUGGUUUAGUUAUUGGUAAAAGAUCUAAUGGAGAUGACCUGUAGACAACCAAAUAACCCUCAGCAGCUUGAAGGGACGUAUCGAAGACAUCUUGUGGUUUGAGGUUUUUAUUUUCUUGUAGGAAACGUGUGUCAGGAAUUUUUGUUUUCUUCGGCUGGAUUUCUUUUCAUUCCAACGACAGACGACAUGUUGAAGCCUGAAUGGAGCGACAGUGCUGCACCGCUACGUUCACUUCUGGAUCUCUUUUGCUUGAAACAUGAAGGUUUAAACUCUAAACAAAAAGCUGAAAGACUCAUCUGCACUCAAAUGGAUUUUUGAAGCGUUUGUGGACGAGCUCUCUGACGGUUCUCGCCGAGCAGCUGAAGGUCUCAUAUUUAGAAAAUCAAGGAAAUCAUGAAGGGGAACUGUUGAUCACUUGACCUUCAAAUAAUUUGGGAAACUCGGUGAAACUCAACAAUCUUUGUUGAGCAACUCGCAAAACUACACCGGGCAGUCUGCAUCUUUAAGGAGCUGGUCUGAGCAGCACUGGACUCGCCUGGUUUUCUAAAUAAACUGUGGAGAGUUAAAUGAAUGGUCCUGGACUGGAUCACUCUGGUCUAGUCUGACUGUAGCUCUGAAGUGUUUGUCAGUGUUGACACUAACGCCCAGACCGGGAUCAAGAGCCUUUUACCUUUCAAAAUAUGCAACAUUACAACAAGCAGGAAAAUAGCAUCAACAAAUGAACAGAAUAAUAUUAAUAACAGUUAUAAUGUGUGUGUGUAAAACUACAGUAAUUAUUGCAGGGAACAAAGUGUAAAGCAACUAAAAAAAUGCAUUUGUUAUGCGAUCUUUCCACCGAGAGAGAACAUAACGAGUGUUCUGCAAUAGAUUUGAAGGGGAAAGGAAACGCCGACGCUGAAAGCUCUUUAAGCGCUGAGAGCACGUCGCCCCGACGACGGACGCUUUGGAAGAAAAAGGCAUGUUUUUCACAUCUUUGCUGAAGUGGAACACAUCCACAUGAGCAAUGAUUCACGCUUGUUUAUAUCAUUAAUCCUCCGUUUCUUCUGUCUUCAUGCUUUUAAAGGCUUUAAUACGAAUAACUCACCCACAAUAUUUAUAGAGCUUCUUUAAUCUUUUGCCAACAUGCUCUUAUAACAUAAGGUAACGUUAUGAUGCUAAACUAAAGUUCCAACAAAUGAGAAACCUUUAGAUAUUUUAGUUGUUUUAUUUUUUUAAAUGUAUAAUCCAAUUAAACAAGUCGUGAUGCUUCUUUACAAAUAGUUGUUUCUCUGAGCACGAGGCUGCCAGUGUCACAAUACGGCUCUGUGCAGGCAAGAGUAGGACCCAAACGCAAACUCACAGAGACAAAAAGUAAACUCAAAAAACAGCUUUAUU